AUGUCUUCGCACUCGUCAGCACCAUCAUCGUCUCUAUCAUCGCUCUCUUUGCAGUCACGAGCGUCGGCGUCGUCGUCGGAGGGGCUGGGCGUCGGCGUCGGCGUUGGUGCCGAGCUCUGUGGUAAUCGGCCUCAGCUGGGGCAAUCCACCAUCGGCACACUCUGCAGUGCACCACCACCGCCGCCGCCGCGCUGCUCAGUCAGGGGUGUAUGCGACGGCACAUCCUCGCAGGCCUCGUCCGCGGGCACCCGCAACGACGCACUCGCGCAUUCAGCCACAGCGUCACACGCCAGUCACGGGCCUAUUCCGCCGACGGACGACCACCAUUGCAGCACGCCCGCCGACGCACUCGUCAGCCACCCUGUCGGCGGUGCCUGUAACGAGGAGGGCAAUGAGGAGGAGACGGGGGAGGAGGACCACCAGCCAGCAGAAUCAGAAUCCGCUGAAGAAGAAACGGUUGAAGUGGCACGCGGGAAAAAAUCGCCGUUUCAAACGUCGGCAGAGUCACCCCGAGUCACCCGUGGACCAGCAGCAGCACUCACAGACAGCACUGACAGCACUGUCAGGACUGCUGCUGUUGCUGCUGCUGCUGGUGGUGUGGCCGCCGGGAUGGCGCAAAACCAGCCGCAUCGCAACGUGGACGCUGCCCAACCGUGGAUGGCAAUCCUCUCCGACGCAAUGUACGCCGGCGCGACCAUCCGCACGGCCAUUCUCACGCUGCUGUUUGGAAUAAUGGUCGGACUGUACAUGAUCAAUGUGCGACUGCAGCCGGGCCGCACGCUGGCAGUGCAAAACACGCUCGAGGUGACCGUCUACCUCCGCUUGUACGUGCGGUGGCGCGCUCAUGUCGACAGCGGCCGGCGUGUGAUGAAGCGCCAGAGCCGCAUUAUUGCUGUGGCGCCAUCGUCGCAUGCCACGUUGGACAAGCCGCAGCUGCCAGACAUGUCCAACGAGCUCGUCGUGCUCAUCUCGACCGACGUGCAAGAUUUGCGUCGCCGCCUCACGAAAAUCGACUACCGGCAUCUGGCGCGUCGCAACGUCGACAUUCAUGAGCACCUCAUCCUUGCUCGGAAAACGGGUCUUGUGUUUGCCUACACUCCGCUGGAAUGGAAAUCCAAACCAAUCACAGACCUGAUUUCUGGACACUUCCGUAGCGUGACGUUGCCUAUUUUGAGAAAGGCGCGCUCGUUAAUGCUGGACGACCAUCCGUAUGCAAAGACUGAGGCGCGGGUUCGAAUUGGCUCGAACAUUUGCGAUGAGGAACGACAACUGAUUGCCGUCCGACAGGAACGCGUGCGUGAUGCCCUCAAGAGCUUCCUCAGCCUUGCAGAUUUGGAGGACGAGGAUGUGCCAGUGACUGCCUUGUGUGGCAGUGGUGGCGGUUGUCGCGCCAUGGUUUCUUUCGUUGGUGGCAUGCUUGCCGCUGAAGAAUCAGGCAUGCUGGAUUGCUUUACGUACAUUUCGGGCCUCUCUGGGUCAAGCUGGGCAAUGAACGUGUGGUUGGCUUCGCAACAGCGCGCUCGGCUUCGGCGGCAAUCCAAUGAGCCGCUCGAUGGUGACGACCAAUCUCUCGAGUCGGCGUCAGAGCAACAAAUGCAGGGCGAACGGUCACUGGACGAGCUGCCGUCGUCUGCGUCUCCCCUUGCAAGCAGCGAUCCCCAACGCGUGCGAUCGCGGUUGCAGUACUCGCAGUCCUUGCUCGACUUGUCACAGCUGGAACUCGUUUAUGACGACGCUUCCACGUCUCAGUUUCUCAAAUCGUUUGCGAUCGGCCCAGAUCGGCAGAUGCCCCUCGCCGCUCAAGGUGUGGCGGGCUCACCUCUCGUGUUUGCCUUGAAGGUGGAAGAAACCUCGAGUCCGAAUGAAGCUGAAUCUCCAGCACAAACUGUGCCUCUUCGAUCAGAGCAGCAGCACCACCACCACCAGCAGGUGGUGACAAGUCCCGCCAUUGUCGUCACGAUGGACAACGAUGAGGAUUCUCGACAAUGCCGAAUUCUCGCGAUGCGCAUUUCCUCUUCCGACUCGCCUCUGGAGUCAUCUUCACCAUUCGUGCCUUUCGUGCGACCACCGUUCUCCAAGAGCUUUAUCGCUGGAGGCGACGACGAUGAACUGUCAACGCCCAAGCUGCUGCUGCUGCUGCUGCUGCUGCUGCCGCCUCGGCUUCCUUCACGGGCCUUGCUGCACCAGCAGCGGUUCUAUCCCACCACCGACGCCAUUCUGGCUCGAAAUUGCAUUUCAUGGCACAUUCUGCCGACCAACAACCCUUCACCCUUGCAGAGCCUUCCACCGCCUCCGCCCUUCACCCUUGCAGAGCCUUCCACCGCCUCCGCCCUGGCCGCAUCGCACUCUGUCUCGCCCUCCUCCCUCCAGAUCGAGAACGAAGCGUUUGACGACGCGCUGGACUGCAUUCGAUCGAGUUACCCUGACGAGCGACGUGCCGAGUUGUAUCCCUUGGCAUUUUUGUCUCAUCCUGCCAGUUUAGACGAAGGUGUGUUGCGGGAUGGUGCUCAGUCCGAAUCUGUGCAACAGGCGGGCGGCGAUGAACAUCACGACAUCAAUGACGAUGACGAGAGCGAUGAAGGCGACAACAACGACGACGAGAGCGAUGAAGGCGACAUCAACGAUGACAGUGACACCUCGCCUGAAUCUCCCGCCCGCUUUGGUGCACCGGCUGCACCACUUGCAUCUCGUCGGGACAGUUUUAGCAUGUUGUCUCGCACGGACGACGGUGCCGUUGCGGAGGAAGCCAUUUCGCUCGAAGAGCAAGAACGAGUCAUGGCCAGCUACAAUGACGGCUCGAUUCGAGUCUUGUUCGAAAUGAUCAAGCGCAAAAUGAGUGCGGCUAGUCUGUACCGUCCCGUUAGCCCGGCCGGAAUCGCUGAAAUUGAGACCUUGCUCCGCGAGUGGCUCUUGUACAAUGAAAGCCUCGGCUUGGCUGACAUUUGGGGCGCCAACCUGGCCUACCAUUUGCUUGGCACAGAAGACUGCGGCGAGAAUUGCCAACGCGUGCGUUUGUCCUCGCAGCGUCACGUGCUGACCGAUGGGCGCUUCCCCUUCCCCAUCAAUUCGGCCAUUGUGCGCGGCAUCAACAACACGUUCGAAUGGAUUGAGCUGUCUCCGCUUGAAAUCGGAGGCAAGUAUCUCCAGUCCUACGUGCCCACCUGGGCGUUUGGUCGAAAGUUUGAGAAUGGCGUUUCGGUGGACGAUCGUCCCGAGCAAAGCUUGGGCCGUCUGAUGGGCGUUUUUGGCUCGGCGUUCUGUGCGACUGUUUCCCUGAUUGUUGCAGAAAUUGAGCAAAUGCUCUCCACCGAGCUCAUCAAGUCCAUCAUUCGCAAAUCAGUCACAUCUGGCCAGCUGCUUGACACUCAGCCCGUUGCGCCUUCGACGUUUGCAAACUUCACCUACGGCUUCAUCUCUCCCGAAAUGCGCCACAGCUCCCUGUCCAUGAUGGACGCUGGUCUGGACUACAACCUGCCCAUGCCGCCGUUGCUGCGUCGUGAGCGCGGCGUCGAGCUCAUUGUUGUGAUGGAUGCCAGUGGACCGCCGCAAGUGCUCAAACACUUGCAGUUGCGCGGAUGUGAGGCUUGGGCCAAGCGCAACGGCAUGCCCUUCCCCAGCAUCGACUAUGCUCAGCUGGACAAAUGGACGGACUAUGUCCAUGUUUUUGGUCCAAAGUCUAAGCUUCCCCAUGUCGAAGCCCUGAAGCGCCGGCUGCGAUUUGCAGCUGCUGCAGCUGCUGCGUCUCCGCCAUCAUCGUCAUCCUCUGCCGUGGAUUCUCAAGGUACAGAUGCUGAUGCCGAGCCAGACUCUUCAGAGCCAGGGUCGGGCGUUGUUGGACACUCUACGCCUGCCGAACGCCAGGCCAAAGCACAGAGGGAACUUUCAGUGCCUGAUUCAACGAUUCCCGAGCACGAUCGAACCCGUACCACUCUCCAGGCUCAGGAAGAGGCCGACAUGCUGCAUGACACCGCCGAUGGCGAUGAGUCCGACUUUGAAGACGAAGAGGACGACGUUGUGGCCACAGACACCCCGUCGACGCCUGCAAUUCGACGUUCGCAGAGCUACGCUGAUAUUACGGGCAGCAUCAACAACUACGAUCGCUUUUUGCGACCUAAAAUCCAUCGCCGCGACAGUCUCUCUUCGAACGUCUCGUUCGAUGUCAAUGCGCUCUCCGAACAUCUCCCGUCCGAAUUGAAUCGCUCCGAUAGCGUCUCCGGCCCCAUGAGCGAUGUCGAGAUUGACAUGCGAAGCGACGAUUUCGACCACGAGUUUGAAACCGACGAAGAUGCCGACAAGGACGACGGCGCGCCCAUCAUUGUGUACUUCCCGAUGCUGGCCAACCCCGAGUAUUCGAGCAAGUUUGACCCUCUCCAGAACUUGGCAGCUGGUGGCUACUGCAGCACUUUCAACAUGCAUUUCACCCGAGAGCAAGUUGAGGAAAUGGCUGGCUUGACCCACUUUAACGUUCGCCGCAACGUGGAGAUGGUUCGGGCCGCCUUCCGUGAUGUUGUCGACAACAAGCACAAGGCGCGCAUGCGGCAGUUGCAUGUUGCGGCCUCCAGUUCCAAAAAGAAGGAGUAG